AAAAAAAGUGCGUCGUGAAACGAAAAAGCAUAAUUAAGCAUAUGGUACAAAACGAUCAGUUCCAACUCCUCUUCAACGGAAUUGAGAACGAGGUGUUCGAGAAGCACAGCUUCGAGGAAAAAUUGCAGCGUCUAUACAAAAUCUGUUCGACCAUGUAGGGACCCAGUCUUCUGAGGUAUUUUGAGCUGGUGAAGCCAGGAGAAGAUCUCAACUGGCCCUUUCUGACACCCCGAGGAGGCGAGUGGCCCAAGGAGAAGUUUCAGUGGAUGGAGGCACUGGCUCGCCUCCGUCGGUACGGCUACAAUGACAUCAUGUUUGGAAUGAGUAUAAGACAGGAUCCGAACAGUGGCCAACCAAUAGUGGUUUUUGAAAAAAAGUACAAUUUUCUAUUCCGUUUCAUGGAGUCGCUGCAACCACCCAAAUUGGCAAAGGAGAUAGCGCCUCUGGAUAAUGCCCUACAAGAAAUGUACAAAAAAGAUAUGAGGUUUGAACACUAUGUAAGCGAUGCAGCGCCAGUGAAACGGAUUAGUCUACGGCGGUUGGAAAAUUAUGGGGUGUCCCUAACCAAGUAUCUGGAGAUCGUCUUCGGACGCCCCUUUUCGCCGGAUUUUGUAGUGCAUGUGGAGAAUCUGUACUACUUUCGGGAGCUCCAGAAUUUGAUGACUGCCGUUCGUAGCCAGGUGGUGGCCAAUUAUCUAACGGCACGCUUCAGCUUCUAUACAAUGUUCACGUUCAUGAAGCAUGGAGCUUCAUGCGUGACUACAAUGCGCCAAUCGAUGGAAUUCGCCAGCAAUCUGCUGUUCGAGGAGCGAAUUCUGGGACGCAAGAAGCUGCGUAGCUAUCAAAACCAGGCCGGCAAGAUAUUUGAUGCCAUACGCCAGCAGCUAAACAUCCGGCUCGAAAGGAACGCCCUUGAGCUGCCGCCCGCUAAGAUUUCCUUACUGCAGAAGAAGUUAAAUGGCCUGAGCCUGAGCAUCGGCAAUCCGGGAAAGGCGGGCCAUCGACGUUUCGUUACCCGUUACUACAAGGAUCUUGAAUGUUCGCGAUUUCGUCGAGGGCGGUCCGCCCAUAAACUCCCUGACCAGGCUGCCUGA